AUGAAAGCUCCAGGUUCGGUCUCUAGCCUGCUUCUGGGAGCAGCUCUUCUCAUUUCCCCAGGCUCAGCUACCUCCAAGAAGUCGAGCAACAAGACAACCAUCGCAGACACCGUCUUUCACAAUGGCUCCAUCUACUCACUUGACCUCCUCUCCACAAAAUACUCCGCUCUCGCCGUCAAAGAUGGAUACAUCACCUUCCUAGGCGAUGAGAAAGGCAUCCAGUCAUACAUCACUAAAAAUACCUCGGUCUUCAACCUUGAAGGCCGAAUGAUGAUGCCUGGCCUCGUGGACGCCCAUAUGCAUCCUCUUAGUGGCGGAGCUGGUCUUCUCAAGUGCAACAUGAACUUCCAGCCCUUGGGACUUAGUAAAGUCCUCGAGAAAAUCCAGAGUUGUCUUGAUGAUGAUAAGGACAAGUCUGAAAAAGAUUGGCUAGAGGUUAUCUCGCUUGACUACUAUGCGUUGGUAGACGAUACCGGCGGCGUUACGAAGAAGGACCUGGAUAAGCUGAAGACAAAAAGACCUAUCCUUGUCGCGUCAGCUGAUUCGCAUACCUUCUGGGUGAACUCAGCUGCAUUGAAGGUAUCAUCCCUCACUAGCAAGACAAAAGAUCCAAAAAACGGCAAAUUUGAACGACUCCCGGGAAGUCAAGAACUUUCAGGGAUCUUACAAGAUUCAGCGACAAGUUUAUUAGCAGGUCCCGCGCCACCAACAGCCGAAGAUAACAUCCGAUCUGCCAGAGCUGCGUUGAAGCUUCUCCGCGAGGAAGGCGUUACAAGUUUCCAAGAGGCUGCGUCCAGCGAGGAUACAGCUCUUGCGUUUGCGGCCAUUAAGAAGGAGGGAGGCCUAACAGCUCGUGGCUUUUUCGACUAUCUCGUGCAGCCACCCAACAACACUGCGGGAAUUGAUGAUCUUGUUAAGGACGUGGUCAACGUCACUUCGAUGUGGAAUGACAAGGCGGAGUUAAGCCCCAAGCCAUCUAUGAAGUGGCACGCUGUCAAGAUGUUCAUGGAUGGCGUUCUAUUAUACCCCGCGAAUACCGGAUCUCUCAUCGAGCCAUACUUUCAACCUGUGGUCAACACUUCUAUGUGGGCACCUAAGUCAGACUUCGGACCUAAAACCUACUGGGAUAGAGAGCUUUUGAGUCUGACCCUCACAAAACUGUUCAAGAACAACAUUGACGCUCAGAUCCAUGUGGACGGAGAUCUAGCUGUUCGGACAGCUCUCGAUGCCCUCGAGGAGCUCCGUCAUAAGAACCCCAAACUACGUGAUUACCGGGUGGGAUUCGCGCACAACGAAGUAACUGACUCUUCGGAUUGGCCUCGCUUCGCCGAACUCAAGGCCGAUCCCAUCAUGAGUUUUCAGUGGUCACAGGCUAGUUCCGUUUGGCUUCCAAAUGGUGUAAAGAGCAUGGGCCCUAGGCGAUCGCACUACAUGGAAGCUUUUGGAGAACUUGCCAAGUUUGGGUCUGCUAUUGUCUAUGGCAGCGACUGGCCGAUUGAUCCUCUGGAUGAGUGGCUUGCCAUCAAAGCAGGCGUCACACGCUCAGGCGAUCCCAAGAACCCCAAUUCUCCUGCUUCACAAGGAGCUCCCUACAACGGCAACGGUCUUCCAGGUCUGACUCUGACACGCGACCAAGCCAUUCGCGCCAUCACGACCGAAAGCGCUCGCUUCCUCCGCGCCGAUGCCUACAUCGGUUCUCUUGAAGUUGGAAAGCUUGCAGAUGCUAUUGUACUCAAAGCAAAUUACUUUGAAGUUCCAGAAGAGCAUAUCGCUAGACAAAAGACCCUGCUGACGAUGGUUGGCGGUGAGGUUGUGUACAUCGCUGAUGAGGUUGACUUCAAGAACGGUGUUAAGGCCAAGUUUGCGAAUGAUGAUGAUGUUGGCAAGAUGAUUAAGAGGCGGAGUGUUGGGGGCAUUCAGGGGAGGGAUUUGUCGGAGGAGGGAAAGAGAUCUGUCCAGCGGCUUCAGACUCGUGGGACUUGUGUGCAGUCACACCAUCAUUGA